AUGGAGGGAGGAAACAAGCUCGAGGACUUUCGGCUCAUGUGCAAGCUGGGCGAGGGCACUUUUUCGGAGGUGCUGAAGGUCAAGCACAAAAAGACCGGGAAGGUCUAUGGCAUGAAGCGAUUCCGGAAACAUUUGCACAGCUAUGAAGAAGUCGAAAACCUGCGAGAAAUCCAAGCACUGAGGCGGCUGAAUCCACAUCCGCAUGUCAUCAUCCUGGAAGAAGUUAUAUUCGAGCCCAAGCACGGCAUCUUGUCCCUCAAUUUCGAGCUCAUGGAAUGCAAUCUGUACGAACUGAUAUCCCGCAAAAACUCCACCAUCAGCGAGGCCAAGGCAAAGUGUUUCAUGCACCAACUAUGUACCGCUGUCGAGUACAUGCACAGCAAAGGAAUAUUCCAUCGAGACAUCAAACCCGAGAACAUCCUGAUUCGGGACAAUGCCAUCAAACUCGCCGAUUUCGGGUCCUGCCGCGGCAUUCACUCGAAGCAACCCUACACCGAGUACAUCGCCACCCGCUGGUAUCGAUCACCCGAGUGUCUUCUUUGCGACGGCAUUUACAACUUCAAGAUGGACAUUUGGGGUGCUGGAUGUGUCUUGUUUGAGAUUGUGUCCAAGGUGCCCCUGUUCCCAGGCGCAAACGAGCUGGAUCAGCUGCACAGGAUACACGGAGUUCUGGGGACGCCGUCGCAGAAGGUGCUGAAGCAUAUGCUCGGGUAA